UCCACCUCUCGCAAAAUACUACGGCGCUUCGAAGAUCGAGUGCGUUCAGAAUAGGCUGCCACUUAAGGAUAAAACCAGCUCAGAAGCAUAGAGAGACUUUGGAAGAAUCUGUUCUGGGCAUAACGCCGUUACAGACUCGAGAAAAUGGAGUGCUUUGACGCCCGUCACGAGUCAUUUCUGAAAGGCAGGCCCGCCUGGCCAUUCAAGCGGCUGAAGGAGCAAAAACAGUAUAUCGUCAAGCUCGCAAGAUCAGGCUGGUACCUCAGCAAAGGCCCCACAACAUGCCAAUGCAGCGCCUGCAACGCCAAACGGACGACGUUCGCAGUCAACGACGAUCCAUUCGAAGGACAUGCCAAGACAUGCUUCCUGGCGGAUGUAUGGCGGAUUUUGGAGAUGGGUGAUAAAUACAGCGCUCAGUGCGCCGAUGCGCGCGCGAAUACUUUUGCACAUGGGUGGCCGUUGAAAGGGCAGGAGGGAUGUGACUCGCUUGCGAGUGAUAAGAUGGCCGCCGCAGGAUUCAUCUACUAUCCAGUGACCGACGCCCCCGACACGGUGCUGUGUCCAUACUGCCAACUCUCGUUAGAUGGAUGGGACCCAACAGACGAUCCAAUUAAAGAGCAUCUGAAACGACAACCCAACUGCGAAUUCUUUCAACCGCCCAAGCCCAAAGAAGAAGUCAAGGCGUCCACAGCGCCACCUAAAAAAGGCGUCGCCAGACCCCUCAAGAGGGCGCUGAUCGGGAAAGCUGUGCCGGCCAAGUCGACGGUCGAACCCCCGUCGCGGGCGAGAUCCAAGAAGGUGGUGGCACCGGAGAAGGUAGUGGAGCCGGUGGCGGAAGUCGAGAGUCAGGCUCCGUCGGCUGCGGCGGAGCGAGGGAAGCGAAAGCGAGGGGUUGAAGCUCAUGCGUCUGCCAAAAAUGCGGAGGAGGUGCCAGUUGUUGAGAAGAAACGCAGGGCGCCGGUGGAGGCCGUCCCUGUGGUAGAAGCUGAAGUGACAGAGCCAGCAAUAGAAGCAGAAAACAAUGAUCAGGCAGUUAUAGAGAGAGCCGACGAAACAGCAACCCCUAUGCAAGUCGACGAAGAUGACAUAGGCGGAGCCCCACCCAUGCGCAGAUCAGCCGCAAUGGAAACCAUCCACCCAGACCCGCCAAUAGCACGAGCCGCGGAGCCAGCAGGACCAGCACGGCCACGACGCGAAAGAGCCAAAGCCAUCUGCUAUGCAGAAGACACGGUCGACCUGGACGGAAAGCCCAAAGUCAAGAAAGCCCGUCUGGCGAAGACUGUUGUCGCGGGGACGGAUGCGUCGAGUGCAUCGCAAGAGCCCGUGGAGACGAUUCAGAGUCAAAGUCAGAGCCAGGGCAGCAUAGGCGCCUUUGAAGCUCCUAGUAGGAGAUCGGGGACCAUUGUCACAGUCGAGAUCCCGAUGCGCCAUGAUAGAUUGGCAAGUUCCUCAUCCGCUGGUAGCGCCCGUAGCGAUGGGUCAACGGACAAAUCGAACACUGGCAAGACGCAGAACCGGGCGGCCAAAGCCAAAGCAUUGCAAAAGGCUGAUAAAAUGGAUGUUGUGGAGGUUACGGAAGAGCCGGAGACUCUGGAGGUUGAGCCGCCCCGCACGACAAAGGCGCGGGUUGGCAGGACGAGGACAGCCGUGUCGCCUCCUCCUGUGUCUGUUGCAAUCGACGAGGAACAACCGCAACAGACUGCGAAACCGACGAGGAGUAAGGCGGCUGGAGCAAGACCUGCUGCACGUCGCGCGGCUCGUGCCGAAGAAGUCACUGCGAUCCACGAAGGCCGGUCGGACGAGAUGGAUGUGGACGCACUGAACGUAGACUCACCGUCGCAGAUGUCCCAAGUCAACGACGGCGCCGCCCCAUCCCCCACUCGCGACAUCGUCGCGACCCACCCAUCCACCCUUAAAACAGCUCCCACCACUCGCACCAACCCACCCAGCCCCGGUCUCGUCCCCCAACUCACCAUCCCUCUCCUCCAACCCCUCACAUCCACCUCCAACCCCGCCGACCUGCACAUCACCUCCGCAGAAGCCAAAAUGACGGUCGCGGACUAUUUCCCGAUGGAAGCGGAUCGUGUCAAGAAUGAAUUUUUGAAAAGGAGAGAGGAGGCGUGGAGGCGGGUUGAGGAGGAGUUUGGCAAGUUGAGGAGGUGGAUUGAGAGUAGGCCGGAUGCGGUAGGCGGGAGUGAGGGGAGAUGGGUGGGCGGGCGCGCUGAACUGGCCAGGAGUAGGUGAUGACGAGGUUAGGGCUUGGGAGUGGGAGGUGGACUAUCGUUGUUUCAGCCGAGCGUCCCACACGGACUUCACAUCCCCAUUCCCGACCUGGAUUGCGUACUUCGCAAG